AGCCCAGCUACGGCUGAAAUCUGGGGAACGCUUACCCGAGGGAUUUUCGAGAAUGUCCCGUGCGAUUGUAUUCAUAAAGCAUUCCCAUGAUCGGUACGUACGGUUGUGGAGUUCCCCGCUGUGUCAUUGCUCCAAAUGCUUUUUGCGUCUGCAGAAAGUACGCGGUUGCAAAAAUAUUCGUGGUGAUACUCUUUUAGUACUUUGUAUAACUCCCUCCACUAAACAUCUGCACAUUAUUAAGAUUAGAAAUAUGUAUGUGAGAUACAUGUUAACAUAUGAAAUUGUGUUUGUUUUGUUGCAGUCCCAUUUAUGCCCGAAGUAAGGCUUAAGGGGAAGACAUGGUGUAUUAACGUUUACUGUGCUUGAGCCAAUUUUAUCCACGAACAGUAUAUAUAUCUGUGGCAUUUCCGUAUUUCAGGUCCCAAAUUUUAUCUCAGAAUCACACCAGUCUCUUUCGUUCCCACCUAAGACACCAUACCAGGAUCAACAACUCGCUCAAUGUCCUCCAAUACUCUGCAUGACGUCAUCAUCAUUGGUGCUGGCUUUGGAGCUAUCAAACUUAUCCACGACCUUAGAAAACUUGGAUUGUCCAUUCAUGGUUUCGAUAAGGGCUCCACCCUCGGUGGUGUCUGGCAGCACAACCGUUACCCAGGCGCCAGAGUUGAUUCGGAAGUUCCAGUUUACCAAUUGUUUAUUAGCGAGGUCUAUGAAGACUGGAAUUUCUCUGAGGCGUUCCCUGGUUGGGAGGAGCUUCAAGCCUACUUCGCGCACGUGGACAAGAAGUUAAACAUCUCCAAGGAUUACACUUAUUCCUCCACGGUUACCACCACCCACUGGAACGAAGAGGCCAAACACUGGACCGUCACCGUUACCGGAAAAGGAGCCGGUGUUUACACGUCCAGGUACCUCCUGGUGUGCACGGGGUUCGCUGCCAAGACGGUCAUCCCUUCGUUUAAGAACAGGGACAAGUUCAAGGGACUCGCAUUCCAUACGGCUGAGUGGCCACACGAAGGAAUCGACGUCAAGGGCAAGAAGGUUGCCGUCAUCGGUACGGGUGCUUCAGGUGUUCAGGUGAUUCAGGAAAUCGGCAGAGAAGUUGGAAGUUUGACCGUGUUCCAGAGAUCGAUCAACACCGCGUUACCCAUGGUUCAGAGGAAACUCAGCGCGAAGGAACAAGACGCGUUAAAGCCAGAGUACCCAAAAAUUCUUGAAGCCGCUAAGCUCACCAUUGCUGGUAACACCUUUAACGCAACUUUCCUGAAUGCUGUUGACGCCACCCCGGAAGAACGCAAGGCGGUCUACGAUGAAAAGUGGGCCGGCGGGGGGUUCAGAUUCUGGGGAGGUAACUUCCAAGACACUGUCGCAAACCCGGAAGCCAACGCGUUGGCCUACGAGUACUGGAGAGGAAGAGUCUCCGAGAGGGUCAAGGAUCCGAGAAAAUUAGAGAUCUUGGCCCCAACGAAGCAACCGUAUCAUAUUUUGACCAAGAGACCGUCAUUAGAGCAGUACUACUACGAGAUCCUCAACCAGGACAACGUGGAUAUUGUGGACAUCAAGCAAGACCCGAUUGUAAAAUUCACCGAAACUGGUAUCAAGACUGCCUCUCAGGAGUUUGAUUUCGAUAUCGUUGUAUUUGCCACCGGUUUCGAUGCAGUUACCGGUGGCUUCAACUUGAUAGACAUUAGGGGCCAGGGCGGCGUGAAGCUUACCGACAAAUGGGCCGAUGGAACGUACUCCUACUUGGGUAUGACCAUCUCCGAGAUGCCGAAUCUAUUUUUCUUGUACGGCCCCCAUGGUCCAACGGCCUUCUCCAACGGUCCCACUUCCACCGCCAUUCAGUCUGAGUGGAUUUCCAGGGCUGUUUCUUUUGUCGAGAAGAACAACAAGGGAUACAUGGUACCAACCAAAGAAGCCGAGAGGACGUGGUACAAUCAUGUCAACGACACCUGCAAGGGAACCUUGUUCUAUUCUAGCAAGUCCUGGUAUAUGGGUGCCAACAUCCCCGGCAAGAAGAUCGAGUCUUUGAACUACGUGGCCGGUAUUCCAGCAUACACCAAGGAUAUUGAAGACGCCGAAAGGGAAGGUUACAGAGGGUUUAUUUUCGGCAAUGCUGCCCCUGUGGUUAAGAUCUGACCUGGUUAGGGGAAUGCUGGGUAUGACUACGUGUAAACCCGCUGGAUAGAAAUUUAUUUCCUUUUUAUUUUCGGGCUGAUAGCCUAACUCUUUGGAACUGACCUUACUCUUGAUGUAGUACUUGGUAGAUGUAAGGAUUUUGAAAGCUGAUUUAUAGCUUUAUAGUGUGGGGUCUUA